UCUGCUCUUUUUCUCCAACUGGGUCCAACAUGUCUAGUUUCGUGGACGUUCUUGUUUCCGAUCAAUGGCUUCAGAGCCAGUUCACUCAAGUCGAGCUUCGGACCCUCAAAUCCAAGUAUGUGUCGGAAAGGACCCAAUCGGGACGUGUUACUGUCAGAAAUUUGCCACCUAUUUUUAAGAAAUUGAAGGGUUUCGCUGAAUUGUUCACCAAGGAUGAGAUUAAAGCGGCCUUGGGAGAGUCGUAUCAGAACAUGGAUGAAGAAAUUGAUUUUGAGUCCUUCCUGAGGGUGAGUUUUUUUAUACCCCUGAAAAGUUAAGACAUGGUUUCUGCUCUUAUGUCUUUAUGUAAUUCUGGAUUUAUUUUAACCAACUUAUUUCAUAUUUUAUCAUGAUUGUAUGUAUUUACUUCCCCUUAAUUUGUUUCAUUUAAUGUACAGAAUUGGAGUAUUGUGGGACGUGUAUAU